ACUCUUUAAAAAUGGUGAAGAGGAAACACGCGGAUCGUUCAAGCGGUGGAGCAGUAGACAGCAAAUCUACACCAAAGGAUGAGGUUCUUCCAGCAGUCAGGACCUCAGACGAACCAGCUCCAAAAAAGCAAAAAUGGACCAACAAACAGAGAGUCCUCAUUUUCUCAUCAAGAGGAGUUUCAUAUCGAGCCAGACAUCUAAUGACCGACUUGCGGACAUUAAUGCCUCAUUCAAAAGCAGAAACAAAAAUGGACAGAAAAGAUUCUUUAUUUGUUGUAAAUGAGAUUGCUGAAAUGAAAAAUUGCAACAGAUGUAUAUAUUUUGAAAUGAAGAAGAAACAAGACCUUUAUAUGUGGGUCAGCGGUGUCCCCAAAGGUCCCUCUGUUAAAUUUCUCAUAGAAAAUGUUCACACUAUGUUAGAGCUGAAAAUGACUGGAAACUGCUUAAAAUCUUCAAGACCACUGCUUUCAUUUGACACG